AUAAUCAUAUAGAUACCCAACCAACCUACGUGCUAGAGAGCUAAGAAAAAAUGAUAUAUAUAUUUCGAAGUUUUCAUUCGUUAUAAGAUGUAUACAAUUUCUUAUACAAAAGAUACUUAUUAUAUUCAUUCUGUUAUGGUAGAUUUACAGUUUUAUACGAUCAAUUGUAUAUUGAUAAUAAAUAUAAGUCGUUUAUUGAUUGAAUGAAAUGGAGAGUCGGGUUUGCAGUUUGUGUAGAAUUUCUGAAUACCAUAUUCCUAAAGAAGUUUCUCUGGGGAUUCGGAAGAGAAGAUCGUAUAAAUAACGAUGAUGAUUGGUGCUGUGGAGAUUACGACAUAGGUGGAGAGGGGCACACCGUAUAGUAUUAGUCGGAUGCAUACGAGGAGAGAAAGUAGAGAGGAGAAUUGAGGUCCUCAGAGGCUCAGCAACACUGCUAUUAUUUGGCUUUACUCAAGUGAGACUCCUGCUCCAAGCUCACGUGUCAGAGCACUGCUCCAGGCAAGCAUAUCGAAUAGCAUUCCAAUCUAUCAUUUAUGCGAAUAAACAAGCAGAGUGUUGCUGGAACAGAACAGACGUUUGUUUAAAAACUGCAGAUAGCUGCUGUAUGAAAGCCAGAGAGCGGGGGUUCAGGUAAUAAAAAGAGGUACAAUAGAGUGUGCAGUACAGUGCGUGUUUCGUUUACGAAUUCUGACCUGGCAUAAUAUUACCAAUGGAGAACCGAGAAUCGAAUAAACCAAUUUCGGAAGCGACCGAAAUCGUACUGCGUGACCUAACUGGUCUUCUGCAAAAAAAGUUGGGGUAUAAUUUGAUCGUUGAUAAUUUCACAACCACUAAUUUGGUACCCUGGGGUGAAAACUAUGGUAGUACAUUGCUCAAAGUCGACGCAUUAAUUCGACGAGGUGGACAGAGUUCGGAACCGGAAGAACUUGCACUUGCUGCGAAAAUGAUACCAUCGACAGAAUUCCAGAGGGUGAUGUUCGACAGUUCAUAUACAUUUCCGAAGGAGAUAUAUAUGUUUCAGAAUAUUGCUCCUGCAUAUGCAGCAAUUGAAAUUGAGUGUGGUAUUCCGAAAUCAGAGGUCUACAAUGGACUUCCGCAACUAUUUGGCUCCAGAUUGUCUCUAAAAGAGGGAGUUGACAAAUUUGACAAAGAUGCGGUCAUUCUGAUGGAGAAUUUGAGAGCGAAAAAUUAUUACUGCUGCGACAGGUUCGACGGCUUAGACCUCGCACAUUCCAGAAUGGUCGUGGAAGAACUAGCUCGAUUCCAUGCGCUGGGUAUCGCUGUAAAGUUCAAAAAGCCAGUUUUAUUUGAAGAAUUUAAAUACCGCGCAAAAAGUAUGGUAAUUGAUGUAGAAAAAAUCUCAAAUAAUGUAGAUAAAUUAAUGAUAAAGGCUCUAAGGAGCAUUCCUACUACCCUUCCUUAUUUAUCGAGGAUUGAAGAGGCGCUCGACCGGUGUAUAAACCGAUUUCAUAUUGAUGAUAUUCCAUCUGAACCCUGGGGAACGAUUGGUCAUACCGAUCUAUGGACGAAUAAUGUGAUGUUCAAGAAGAAUGCAAGUGGUACAAAUCCGGAAAAUAUCAAGUUUAUCGAUUUUCAAAAUUACCUUUACAUGAAUCCCUUGCGAGAUCUUCUGUUCUUACUAUUCUCGAGCUGUAUACCAAAAAUUGGCAACGCACACUUCACGGAGCUCGUAGAUCUGUACUAUCAAAAGUUCAUAUCGCAUAUUGGACGACUAGGAAUCAACGGCAAUUUAUUCACUAGAGAUGCUUUUGACAAACAACUUGAUGAUGCGGCGCAUCGCGAGUACUUCCAUUGCAUGUUUAUGACCAGAGUUAUAUCUGCAAACCCUGAAGCUGAGGCCAGCAAAGGUAAUCCUGAGCUUAUGUUCCAGGCCAAAACAUGGCCACAGGACUGCUGUAAUCGCAUGGCAGAUAUCACGUUACAAUACGUGGAAAAAAACUGGAUGUGAUGUUCCUUAUAUGCAUACAUGCAUGUCUAUUAGCCACUGACUUUCGAACUCAGAGAAACCUAAUCCAGCAGAGACUUGGUUCUCUUGUUCAUUCAAAUAUGUAGCGUAAAUAAUAAGGCGCAAUCAUGUUUGCAUUGCGUGAUAACGUCUGAAGAACGAAGUGGGGUAUGUGAAGUCGAUUUAUAAUUCGGUGGUACUUGACACAUAUACAAAAGGAAUAUACCCAAUACAAGAAGAUUUUUUUUAGAGAGAUUAGCUAUUAAGAGAAUAUCGUUUUUUUUUUUGUUCAUCUACUUUACAAUAAAUAUAAUUGUUGUUAUCACCCCUGUAAUUUAUCAUGAAUACGACUACCGUUUUUGCAUAAUCCAAUAAUUAUCCAGUAGAAGGGCAGUAAACUGGAAAGGGUUCUGAGGUAAUGUGGUUGGUUGAAUGCAGUAUCUAUAAGCGGUAAGCGCAGAUUUCAUAUUUAAGACAGAUGAUUUGAUCAUAAAGAUCUAAUAAUUUAAGGGAUGAUUCUGGUUUAGACGCCCAAAAAAAAAGGCUAUUUUUGUAAAUUUUUUCCGGAAGUAUUAUUACAGAUAUUGAUAUGAAAGUUGUUAAGCUCAUUGUCAGCAAAUAUACUCUUAAAAUACACGAAA